CCUGCCGCGUACUUUCAGUGCUUUCGCUGAAAGGGUUUAUUGCGAUGUUUCUUUGCUUCGACUGGCUUUGGGACAUUCCGUUUCCUAUUGCCCAAUCACUGCGGCAGCAAAGUGGCAGUACAGGAUGUUCUCUAGGGAUGCGAUCUCAGGAAAUAAUUCCGGCCUCGAGAAGUCACCUUAAAAAGUGACUGGGCAGUGCACUGCCAGCUGAAAGGAGAAUCAUGAGAGAUGCAAUUUAAAGUAGGGUUUCGUCCCCAGGCGCACGUGCGAACACCAACAAGGGGCGGGGCUUAGGGAUUUCGCAGCCCGGGGAGGCGGGUUCCGUCGUGUCCGAUCUGGAGUGGAGACCCCUCUCUGCUUGCGCGUGCGCAUUGCGAACCUUCCCCGACGCUGUUUUCUGCUCCAAGAUGGAAUUCCGCUCCGCGCGGCAAGCAAUAAUGCAGCUGCUACGUACGGUGGCUCCGGCAGACCUCCCAGCGCUGCUCGAGUGGAUGAGAACUACCCGAGAUUUUGAUGAGUUCACUCAAGAUAAUAAUGACAUUAUGUUGAAAAACAUAGCAGAAGACCUUCGGAAUUGCUUACCUCUAGAAACCAUGCUUUCCUCAGAACAUCUAGCGCUCCAAAAAAUACAGCAGCAGCCAGAACCCACAGUUCACGUUGAUGCAUUCCUUUAUGAUGAAGACUUUAUUGAUUCAUUAUGUGAGGAAGGAAAAAUGAGCAGAAACUACUGUAUGGUGUGUGGCUCACACCAGACUGCACCUUUAGGAUUUAUUUCUCAUUCCUUCUCCCUCAUGGAAUUGAAGUUUAUUUAUCAUCAUGUCCUCCCUGAUCUGUCGGGAAAGGUCUUGGUUGACGUUGGCUCCAGGCUUGGCACAGUCCUUUAUGGGGGUUAUCUUUACAGUUCAGCACUGCAGCUAUAUGGAGUAGAAUUGAAUGGAGAUUUUUGCCAGUUGCAGGAAAUGGUUAUUAAAAAAUACCAGUUCACUGACAGAAUAAAGGUGCUUCAUGCAGACAUCUGUACCCAAGGUUCACUUCUGCAAAAUGCUGAUGUUAUUAUAAUGAAUAACGUCUUCGAAUAUUUUCUUGAUGAGGCAGAACAGGCCAGAGCCUGGGAAUAUAUCAGCCAUAAUGUAAGGAAACAAGGAUCCUUAUUAGUAACAGUACCAAGCCUUGAAGAUUCUCUCUCAAGUCUUCAGAUUAAUAUACAGUUAUCUCCCUGGGUUGAAGAGGUACCAUUGAACUACGAUGUAUACCCAGAAAAGCAUAUUGACAGAGAAGCUCUUGAACAAAUUCAUUUGUAUAAGAUUCUGUGACAUUAAAAUAGUCCUAUCUCAGUGUAAUGUUUUGUGGUGUAUAUUACAAAUUAAUUUUUUUUAAAUCUCCCCAAUACCCUAACAUAUGUUUCUGUAUUUUCCUUUCUAGUCUUUGUAUAUAUGUUUACAUAUUUGUAAAUAGUUAUAUGGGUAUAUAUAAAUAUACAUAGUUGUGUAUAGACACAUAGUUGUGUCUCUAUACAAGUUUAAUUAAAUAUCGGAAUAUUUUUGGUUUUCCCAUUUCUUUUAUCUUGUUUAAAACAUAAAAAUAUAGGGGCAUGUGGGUUGCUCAGUUGCUUGAAUGUCUGACUCUUGAUAUCAGCUCAGGUCAUGAUCUGAGGGUCGUGAGAUGGAGCCCAACGUUGGGCUCCACGCUGAGGGUGGAGCCCGCUUGGGAUUCAUAUUCUCUCUCUCUCUCUCUCUCUCUCUCUCUCUCCCUCUCUCUCUCUCCCUCUCUCUCUCUCCCUCUCCCCCUCUCUCUCCCUCUCCCCCUCCCUCCCUCCCUCCCUUUGCCCCUCUCCCCCUCUUUCUCUCUCUCUCUCAAAUAAAUAAACAAAUAAACCACAUAAAUAUGUCUUUCUUUAGUCACUAACUCUGCAUAUCAAUCCAGAUAGGACAAAAAAGAUUAGAAGGUGUUUUUAUCACAAAAGAAGGGUAGAGGGGAAGAAGGUAGGUUACAUUAGAUCCCAUUUAUUAGAUUUCUAUUCUGUAAGAUUCCUUGUAUACAGCUUUAUGUGAAAAGGCUAGCACAAGGACUAAAAUAAAAAAUAAUUAAGAUACUUAUAGCUGUUAUUUGUAUAACUAUUUUAUACAUAAUUAAAUGUAUCGGUUUACUGUAAUAGCAUAUAUUUAGGCACUUAAAUUUCAAACAUAACAAACAAUACUAAUGCAGCAAAUACAUAAGAUACAAAUAGUAAUCACACAUGAAAAAAUAAGUUUAUUAGUAACAGUGCAUAAUUACAGAACGUUUAUUGAAUUUCACUUGAUUGUGUACCUAUUCUUUUUAAUAGUUUUUUUUUUUUUAAUAUUUAUUUAUUUUAGAGAGAGAGACAGAGUAUGAGCAGGAGAGGGGCAGAGAGAGAGAGACACAGAAUCUCAAGCAGGCUCCAGGCUCUGUGCUGUCAGCACAGAACCCAACACAGGGCUCAAACCCACGAACCACAAGAUCAUGACCUGAGCUAAAGUCAGACACUUAACCAACUGAGCCACCCAAGCAUACCAAUUGGGCACCUUUUCUUAAGAAACUAUAUUUCUGGGGCACCUGGGUGGCUUAGUCAGUUAAGCAUCUGACUCUUGAUCUCAGCUCAGGUUACAAUCUUAUGAUUCUGGGAUUGAGCCCCACGUCAGGCUCUGUGCUGGAGCCUGCUUGGAGUUCCCUCUCUGCCCCUCCCCUACUCACACACUCAAUCACUCUCUAAGAAAGAAAGAAAAAGAAAAGAAGAAAGAAA